AACUUUUCAGUGCUUGAUUUUGCAAUCUUAAUAUUUUUAAUGUAGUUUUAUUUCUGUAAUAGUAUGUUAAUUUGCAUUUGUAUUCUGCAUGGUUUAUUGCAGCAAGUAUUGUAUUUACUGCUAGGCAUUUUAGAAUAGAUAAAUACUUUGACACUUUUUUUUCUUGUGGUUGAGAAUCUGCUGCUGUUUCCAAUAACUGAAAUGUCACCUUGUGUGUGUUAGAGAAUGACUAAAACCACUUUCAAACAUUGCACAUAUUAAAUCCUUGUGGUCUCAUUCUUAAGAUGAGGGAAAUGUUUUUUUACUUUCCCUUAUUAGUAUAACAUGAAGCAAAGUCUAGGCUCUCUAACAUAUAGCCCCAAGUCUAUCUGCUAUGUUUUGUAAAUAAAAACAUAAUCUGGCAGAAGUCAGGUUUGAGUUAUGGUCUAUUAUGACAUCAAUUUUAUAUACAAAAAACUACCUUAAAAUAAGAUUGCAAAGUCAAACAUUUAAAAGUUAGAAAAUGCCAGAAGUAAAAUUUCCUAUUCAACCUUAAUUUGGCCCCCUUGUGUAUAUGUAUUAUGAUAAUCUCUAACUACAUGAUCACAAACCGUUUUUUUUACCAUACGACCCUUACCUUAAUCAGUGCACAGGAUGGGUGGUGGUUAGUUUGAGGAAAUUAUCCAGUGUUACUCUUAAGGCUUGUAACUUAGAGUUUGGCCUCAUGCUGUGUUUUUGAACACCAUCCAAAUGCUAUGCUGGAUACAGAAUUAUUAAUUUCUAAUGCCUAAUUAUUAAUUAGUUUUCUGUGGUAUUAAUGAUAGUAGUAGGAGUGUCUUAUGAAUGUAUCUUCACAACUCCUCUGAGAUAAGUUAUCCUCAUUUUACAGAUAAGGAACCUAGGCUACAAUUUGAAGAAGUGUCCACUAAUUAUGGUUGCUUCCACGAUUGGAUACCUAACUUGAGAACUAGGGAUCCAUUUUUAGAGUAUUCUGCAUUUUUAAUAAUUGUAUAUGUUCAAAGCAAUGUACAGACACUAACCAACCACUGCAACACUAUGAAGUAGACAGGUAAAUAUUAUACCCAUUUUUAAACACAAGGAGACUAAAACAGAUAGUGACUUGUGCAAAGCCACAGAGUGAGUCAAUGGUAUAACCAGAAUUGGAGCCCAGGACUUCCCAACUCCACAUCUUGCUCCUAGAGCAGCUGCAGUUCCCAUUGACUUUACUUGUAGUUGAGUGCUCAGCAACUCUGAAAACAAGGUCCCAUGUCUCAAGUUGGGUACCCAGAAAAUAGGGAAUACAAUGUGAAAAUCUUCAUUUAAGUGACUUACCCACUAUCACAUACGCAAUCUAUGGCAGACGUGUGGAUGGAACCCAUUUCUCCUGGGUGGCAUUCAGUUGCUGUUGAAGGCAGUCCUUUCUUUCUGCAGUCCCCUAACUCAUCCUCACUCUCUCCACACCUUGUAGUUCUACAAUGGAUGAAUCAGAUGUCCUACAGACAGCUGCAUUCACUACACAACCCUGAUUCACUCGCUGAACACUUUCCAGGACUUCUAGGUCUCCAGCAUUGACCUCUACCUCUUGAGCUAAAGCAAUACCUGUGCCUCUGCCAACAAAUGUUGUAAUAGAAUCCUUGAACUUCAAGACUGUAUUGCGCUGGGAUUACAUGCGCAUGCCUACAACCCCUCACUUUAUUGUGGAAAUCCAACCUUAUGAGCUAGGGAAAUAUAAGCCAGUCAGUACCUGCAUGAAGAUAAGUAAACAUUAUUGUGACCUCUCUAAUGAAAUAGAAGACCUGAGUCAGUCUCACUGGGCUAGAGUUAAAGCUUUCAUUGGGUUAGAAGAGUCCGAGUACGUUGAGACCAAAGAAUUUGUUCUGCGACGGGAUGGAAAAAUAGGACCACCGACUCUGAAUGUCUCAAUUGAGAGAGACCAAAUCAGGGUUGAGAUUCGCCCCCCACGCGCUGUUCGAAAAUAUAAGGACUUCACAUACAAGGUGUUUCUCUGGUCCAAUGGAGAGCAGCUCGAAGAGCUUGAAGCAGGGCCAUGUAAGAAGCAUCCAUGUAGCAUAUACAUUCCAUUUUUUUCUCAAGAUUCCACCUACUGUGUUUCAGCUCAAGGACGUUCAUCAUUUGUUUCAGAUCGAGGAUUUUCCCAAUCAAAUCAAAGUUGCAUUCAUGUUCCUUUAAAACAGCCACGAGACUUUAAAAAUAUUAUAAUCAGUGUUGCUGUUGUCAUUGGCGUUGGACUGAUUUUGGCCAUGUAUUAUCUUUGCAAGCAACUAAAGAAGAGAAAAAUUGAACUACCCAAGUCUUUGGUCACUGUGAUACGAAAUCUGAACUCGCGCAACGUUUUAGAAACAAAACCAGAAGCAAAAUAUAUCUCUGUCAUAACCUCCUCAUCAUCCAAGCCAACGCUCUCAGUGAGUGAUGAGGUAAACUUGAUAGACCAAGUAGACCAAGUUAAAGAAAUAGGGACCCCUAAUCCUGAAGACUGCAGUGAAGAAACAGACACUGUCAGCUCCCAGGAGAUCUCAAACAAAACAGAAGAGAUGUCUAUCCAAGAAAGCAUUGCUGAAAUGACCCCUGAUGAUGAAGAAAGCCCAAGAGUGAAAGAGAAUUAUUUUCAUUCUAAUAGUAGCCAAACGGAGUUAAGUAGUAUUCCUUCAGACCCAGAGCCUUCCAACAUGGAGGUGCAAGAGUCCCUUAUCCUAAAGAGCUGCAACAAGUUUUCUGGUUAUGACAAACCUCAUGUAAUAAUGGAUCUCCUCAUAGAUGUUGGUGAAGAGGAGUCUGUGAUUGCAUAUAGGCAUACUGAUGAAGUGCAUGAGUCAUGAAGAGAAUCAUUUGAAGACUACAGGGAGUUCCUUUUUGUGUGCACAACAUAGACAUUUAGAAGUUUAUGAACAUCUUAGUCCUAAUGGGAUUAUCAGUGUCACUUCUUAGAGCAGACUCUUAAAAUUGAAGGGAACUCAAAUGGAAACUGCAACUAGUGUUGUCUCUGACAGUGCAGAAAAGGGGGAAGUGAUUGCAAUAUAUCAGUUCUGCUAUGAAGGUGUAUGUCUCACAUUAAGCCACUAGGUGGUUUGCCUUUGACAUUUUCCUUUAGGCUGUUAAAGAACUAUCUUUAUACGAAAGGAAGGAUUCUGCAGUAUCUUCUAAAUAAAGUCCAUUGAAGAAUCGUCUAUACACCCAUAUCAGUUUGGGAAUUCCUGACUCCAUGGCCAAGGACCAAUUAUAUUGGAGCCUGUUUCUCGAGGUAGAAGUGCUGCAUGGUGGGUCAUAAAUCUGUACAUCUGCACUAAUUGCAAGACAGUAUGCCACCCCUUCAGAAUGCCUACGUUAUACAUUUACACUUAUUGACACAGCUAUUUCGUGUGCUUAUAGCUUUAUCCAUGUUUUGUGUACAGAAGUCAUAUUGUGCAAUCACAUCUUAUGCUCUGAGAAACCUGUAUGUUAGCAUGCUACCUGACCCUAAUUGCAAAAGACUGUUGAACUCAUAGCUGCACUGUUUCUAAAGAAGCAAUACUGUUAAGCAGCAGUUAUUAAAAAUGUUUAGCAUUUUUCCUCUAAAGCAUUUUUAUCCUAAUUCUUAAGAUAUAUGUGGAUUGCUAAUAAUUCCAUUGCACUUUAUGGAAAUAACUGUUUUCCUAUCAAAUUGAAAAUGCCCAUUGAAUAGGAUUUUUUCAUCUUCUUGAGACAACGGAAUAUUUUUUGGUAAUUUGGUGUAGUUAAUUAGAUCCCCUGAUGGAACUCUGAAGCAUGAAGCUAUCAAACUGAAGAUAGGUUUGGAUUUUAUAUCUCAAUUCUUCAUUACUACUUAAAGGCCUGUAGACACAAUGUGGAGACAGGAUUUUAUUGUGUUGCUAGAAGUGUUUUAAAAUGGAUCCAAAUGAAGCUAGGAAACAAUACAGGAAAAAGACUGGAAAUAUAAGCUUCUUGGUGCCAUAUGGAUUGGAGUUUCCACGUUCAGUUUUGCUUCAGGAAAUUCUUACUCUCUAAAAGGUAGUUAGUGGCUGCUUCAUAUUCCUCUCACUCCGACCCCCAAAGGUAUCUUAGAAAUAAGAGUCCAAAGAUUGUUCAUUCUUUAUAAGAAAUCCCAUGCCAAUUGCAUUCCAAACCAUUGUUUUAAUAUCUGUACUUUAACUUUCUCCUAAACUACUUAGCACUUUCCUUUUGCAUGGGCCUGGCUUCUUAUCAAUUGGAUGGACAAGAAACAUGUUUUUAAAUGUUAAGCUUGUUACAAAACAAAAUCUUUGUCUCGAAUGAAAUGAAUAUGAGUUGCAUAGCCAUUUCUGUUCAUAGCAGUCAGGCUCUGCAACUACUAUGCUUGGGGGAAUUGUGCCCCACUGUGCAUGCACAGAAACAUGUAUCCCCACAGAUUCUCUUUGCUUCCCCACAGAAAAAUGAUUUCUGUGGGGAAGCAGAGAAGCUUCACCAGUGCUCAUUCACACCUCCCUGGCAGGCACUGGGAGCAGCCAGGUGAGAGGCAAGUCGCUGUGGGGGAGUGGGGAUCUGGGGAUGCCCUGGCUGCCCAGGGACAUUAGUCCCAGCUGAGGGGAGCUGGGGGGAGGAGGAGCAGUAGGACGGAGACUGAGUUCUCCCUCCCCUGUCCAGAGCAGCUGGGGUUGGGUCAGAUCAACCUCUCCCUUUCCGCAGUACUCCUUCCUAGGAAGUCAUUUCCCAUUUUGGAUGUGUGCAACCGAUUGUUCCUUCCUAAGUGGAGUACUUUGCAUUUAUCCUUAUUGAAUUUCAUCCUAUUUACUUCAGACCAUUUCUCCAGUUUGUCCAGAUCGUUUUGAAUUUUAAUACUAUCCUCCAAAGCACUUGCAACCCCUCCCAGCUUGGUAUCAUCCGCAAACUUAGAGAGUACUCUCUAUGCCAUAUGUUUUAAUACUUUUAAAAAGUAGUAUUAAACUAAUGUUUCAGUUGAAAGGCUUGUUUCCUUGCCAUAGGGAUAAAGCGUCUCUUGUAAAAGCUCCAUCAUAAAUAAACAAUGUUUGAGUUAAAAACAGAA